AUGGUAGCAUUGAAAGGAGGUCAAGCUACUAGCGACGGUCAUCAAAUCCGGCAUUGCUGUGGCAGAUCGGGAACUGCAAGAAUGGAUACGCCGAAGGGACCAACGAAUCCACGUCCGGAGAAAAGAGAUAGGGAAACGCCAGGAGACGAAGAGGACCCCAAAAAACACAGUGAUGACGUAUACGGGGACAAUGAGCAAGAAGAUGGAGAAGACAGUGAUUGGCGUAAAGUCGAAAACCAGAAGGAGAAGAGGAAAAAACUGAAGGAAGAGGAACAAAGGAAGAAGGAACAGAAGAAGAAGGAGGAGAAGGAAAAGAAGAAUGAAGAGGAAGAGGAAGAGAAGAAGAAGAAGACGGAAGAGAGGAAGAAGGAAGUCAAGAAGAAGGAACACCGCAGACAUCGUAGGGAGAGAAGUAAGGGCGACGCUCUGGAUAUCGAGGCGAAAGACAAAACGACAUACGCAGCACUCCUCCGGAAAGUGAGAGAGGAUCCGGAGUUGAAGCAACUAGGCGAGAACGUGGUGAAAACCAGGCGCACCCAGAAAGGCAAGAUGCUCUUCGAGCUGAAAAAGGACCCGUCGGUGAGGAGUUCAGCCUUCAAGGAACUCGUCGAAAAAUCUCUUUGCGAGGACGCGAACGUAAGAGCCUUAUCGCAGGAGUCAGUGGUCGAGUGCAAGGAUCUGGAUGAGAUCACAACGGAAGACGAGGUACUGGAACGAGGCACUUAG